AUGACUAGGUGGCCCAACAGGAGCUCACUGGAGGAAGAACAAGAUGAGGACUGUCUGUCUGCUGGCUGGAGCCGACAGUCAAGGGAUAUCAUUGCCACUGCCAUUCAGAAACUGGGUGUGCAACUGCUGCAGAACUUGGAGACAACACAAGAGCAACCAAAUGUUAUCAUUUCUCCUUUGAGCAUAUCGCUAGCCCUCUCCCAACUGGCUUUAGGUGCAGUCAAUGAGACAGAGGAGCUGCUGAUGCACCAUCUUUAUGAAAACACUCUUCCCUGUUACCACCACUCUCUGCAUAAUAUCCUAAAGCACCUCAGAAACAAUGAUCUACAAAUCGCAACACGCAUCUUCCUGCGCCAAGGUUUUGAGCCAAAGCAAGACUUUAUCUAUGAAUCCCAGCAGUUCUAUGACUCAGAGCCGGCAGUGCUGGAGAGCCUGCAGCAGAUCAACGACUGGGUAGAGGAGGCAACACAAGGAAAAAUGACUGACUUCCUGUCUGCUUUACCUCCCAAUUUGCUUCUCAUGCUCAUUAAUGCUGUCCAUUUUAAAGGAGAAUGGAAAGCUCGAUUUGACCCACGCUUUACUUCCAGAGGUGCAUUUUACCUCGACGACAAGCACAUGGUUGAUGUUGAAGUGAUGGAAGAUGCCAAACAUCCCUUGAGUUUAUUUAUUGAUAAUGAACUGGAGGCUCAGGUAGCGAGCUUUCCAUUCCAGAGGUCCAUGAGCAUGUUGGUGGUCAUGCCCAUGUCCGGCCAGGUGAAUGUUUCUUCACUCUCUGCUAAGCUGAAUAUCUCACACCUGUAUGUUCAUUUGCCCAAAGAGAGGGCUGUUCAAGUUAAAGUCCCCAAAUUCAAACUGGAGUAUGCUCAAGAGAUGCAGGAUGUUUUUACAAAAUUAGGCCUUGGAGAGAUGUUUUCCAGUCCAAACUUGGCUGAGAUUGCAGAUGGCCCCCUGCUGGUGUCCAGUGUGAUGCACAAGUCCAGCAUGGAGAUAAAUGAGGAGGGAGCGGAGGGUUCUGCAGCCACCACAGUUGUUAUUUCACGUGCGUCCAUGCCAGUUUUCCACCUCAGCCAACCCUUCUUCUUUGCCCUUAUGGAUGACGUGACUCAAAUACCAAUUUUCAUGGGUGUCAUCAAUAACCCUAAUCCUGGAGCUCCUAUCUUGCAAAGAGGAGAAUUUGGAAGCAAUAAUAAAAUGGGAUUCUCAGUUGACAAGAAUCAUGUUGGCUCAUUUGGAGGCCCACCUAAGUAGACGCUAAUACCCUACACAGCUGUCCCAUGGAAACUCAGGACAAGACCUUUAUGAUUGUACAAAUUAAGUGUACAAUAUCACCAGAUCAUAAAUGGUGUGAAAACAGAUGCUUCAUUUAAUUGUUUAUUUCAUUACAGAGGAGCCCAGUAUUCAAUUUAAAUUUGAUAUUCUUUUAAAAAUAAUUACAGUCUGCAUUAGAUGACACAUUCUGGUCAAUGUUUAUACCCAUUGUAAAAUUUCUGUAAACAUAAAUUUCCCAAGGUAUCAACAUAUAAAGCCAAACUAUUCUGGUAUAAUGCCAGAUCAUUACAACAUCAGUGUGGGUGUGCAGUUGAAUUUUUAAAGAUGCAAUCUAAUGGGAUAAUAAAUUAAAUUGAUCUGA